AUGACAGACUUCAAACCCGUUGCCGACCCCGCCCCCAGAUGGGUAACCGACCUCGCCAACCCACCGCCUUACAAGUCCAAGCCUGCCAGCAUCCCCGACCCCCCAGGCUACUCGUCGCAAGCCGUAUCUGGUCCUUCCAAGAAGAAGGAUGUCUCCCGCUCCGCCCCCCGCGAACAACCCUCCCCCGAAAAGAUGGACCAGCUCAAGCUCAAAAAGGCCUGGGAAGUCGCCCUCGCGCCCGCCAAGAACUUGCCCAUGACUCUCAUCAUGAUGUACAUGUCCGGCAACUCGCUCCAGAUCUUCAGCAUCAUGAUGGUGUUUAUGGCCUUCAAGAACCCCAUCAUGGGCUUGUUGUCGACCAACCAGGCCUUUGAGCGAUUCGAGACGGACAGCAACCGGGGGUCUAUUCUGCAGGUGAAGGCGGCCUAUGUGCUUAUGCAGGUGUUGGCGCUGGCGGUCGGUGUGUGGAAGAUUAAUAGUAUGGGACUACUACCGACGACGAGAUCCGACUGGCUUGCUUGGGAAGUGCGCAGGGAACCGCUGGAAUAUGCUGUGCCAGCAUUGUCGUUAUGA